AUGCCAACUGUGGCAUGCCAAUUCUCCAUGGAACAAACUAUCCAUAUUGCACGUGGCUACGCUUGCAAGACAGCUAAGUUCGAUACUACCCAGAAUGUGCCUUGGCUUACCCAAGUGGAACACAUAGACGUGAACGCGUAUGUGGCUCAGCUUGAGCCUCUGGAGGAUCCUAUGGUGGCCAUUGGUAGGGCUUUUACUCGCCACUUGUGGAGCACCGGCCUCUUGGACGAUUACAAUCCAAAGGAAGCGUUCAAGCCAGCGGUAACACACACUUGUGUGUUGAACUUGCUGUUUGUGGCUGAAAUGAAGACGUACGAACUAAGAGUGGCAUUCUACUUUGGUGAGAGAGAUCUGGUUAAGGGACUGACAAUACAAGUGAGCGAGAAGGAGCUUGCUGAGUUCUUGUUUCAGAGGAUUAUCGAAGGCAAUUUGGCUUACCUGCCAAUAGAAGGCAGAGCACGGUAUUUACUUAAUCUCAACUCUGUGAGUUGUACAAUGAACGGGCUCGAUUUGGUGGUUGUUUAA